GCCGUUGUUCCCUCCCCGGGGAGCCCCCGCCCUGCCCUGCCCCGUGACGAAGCACUAGAGACCGGCCCGCCGGCUACUUGCCCAGUUCCUCCGGCGCUCUCUGGGGCUGCCUCCACUCUCCACCCUCUUCCUUGGCCGGAUCGCUGCCACCGGCUCCGCGCGCUUGGAGAACUUCGCCGCGCGCUCUUUCUUCUUCUGGCCUCCUUCCUUCCAUUUUUUAAUUUAUUUUUUUUUUAAACCCACGCUCUUCACUUUCUCUUUCUUCUCCGGACCUUCCAGCUCGCCUUCCUUCUUGUUCUCGCUUUCCCCACACGUCGCUCGUGCUUUGCUUUCUUUUUUUGUUUCUUCCACCCUCUUCCUUUCCCGGCCACCCCGGAGCGCCAGCAGGUGCCACCGCCCCAUAAUACCCCCACCGCCCCCCUCUUUCGCCCUGGCUGCCUGCUGGCUGCUCAAGAGGCAGGGAUGGGGGGCUGCCCAGGGGGUCUUCAGCCCCUGCCUCCCAACCUCGGCGGCCAAGCGCUCGUCCGUCACUGGCAGCGCGCAAGAGAUGCAGAGCAAGGAAGACCCGGCGGAGACCACGGUGCUGCCCAUCCCUGGAGAGCCCGGCGACAACCUGCGGCGCCUCCGAGGCAGGAAAGUUUUGCUGGGGGAAGAGAAGAAGCUGGCUGGCUGGGCGCUGGGCAUAGCCCUUCUCGGCAUCUUCUUGAUGAUUUUGCACACCGAACUGGCUUGGUUUGGACGCUGUCAGUGGUUUGCGUACUCGUUCAUGGUGAAGUGCCUCAUCACCCUCUCCACAGCUGGGCUUCUGAUCACGAUCCUGGCUUUUCACAUCAAAGAGAUCCAGCUGUUCAUGAUGGACAACUCCUUGACUGACUGGCGGAUUGCUGUCAGUUGCCGGAAGCUGGCAUUUAUCAUGCUGGAGCUGCUGGUUUGCUCCAUCCACCCCUUGCCCACCGGAGACUUCGCCUGCCUGGAGCCCCAGCCCACGCAGGCCUUCCUGUUCCUCUCUGAGGUCGACAUGCUGCUGUCGCUGCUCAUGUUCCUCCGCCUCUACCUGGUGACGCGGGCGGCCCUGUUGCAGAGCAGCGUUCUGGGAGACGCCUCGUACCGCAGCAUCGGGUCCCUCAACAAGAUCCACUUCCAGUACCCCUUCGUGCUACGGGUGAUGGUGAACAGCCAGCCAGGAAGGGUGCUGCUGAUCUUCACGAUGGGACUCUGGUUCAUUGCCUUUUGGGUGCUAUCUGUUUGUGAACGAGAGCAUAUGGACAACGACUACCUAUAUAGCACUUUCUGGCUGAUCCCCAUCACUUUCCUAACCAUCGGCUACGGAGAUGUUGUUCCGGUGACGGUGUGCGGAAAAGUCGUGUGCGUGUUCACCGGUGUUAUGGGAGUGGGCUGCACGGCCCUCUUGGUGGCUGUUGCUGCUGAUAAGCUGGAAUUCAGCAGGGCUGAAAAACACGUCCAUAACUUCAUGAUGGACAUUCAAUGUGCCAAAGAGAUGAAGUGGUCAGCCGCCAACGUGCUGCAGGAGGCUUGGAUGCUGCACAAACACACCAAGAGGAAGGAUGGCCUAAGGACACGCAAACAUCACCGAAGGCUGCUGGCAGCCAUCCAUAUGUUCCGACACGUGAGGAUGAAGCACAGGAAGAUCCGAGACCAAGUGAAUGCCAUGAUGGAUGUCUCUAAGAUGCAGAUGAUCAUGUGCGACCUCAGCUCCAGCCUCAGCAGCUCCCACCGGGAGCUGGAGAAGCGAAUCGAGUCUCUGGACAGGAAACUGGACGAGAUGACAAGGCUUCUCUCGGGACUCGUGGACUCCAAGCAGCGGCAGGAACAGCGGGCGCUCUAAACUCCAACUGCGGUUUGGUGGCUAAAGAGAUGGUUUUGAUCAUCCCGCUGAAGCCUCCAUAGACAGAACUUUUAAGCGCCUCCUGCCUUUCUUCAUGGGCAUCAGGCAGUGUGUCGGGAACACACGGGACUACACCGCCACCUUGUGGUGGACGAGAACCACCACAGGCAUUUUGAAAAGCCAACCCACCGCAUCGCCAGACAAAAGAAAAGGAGCGAGGAGGAGCUUUCGGAACUUUGCUCUCCGCAGAAAAGACUUCUCGAACCUCUGAAUGGAUUUUUGUUGUGUCUUGCAAGAGGGACUCUGGAUGCAAAAUCGAAAGACAGGACAUCCACUCCUCUAGCAGGCUUCUGAGCUGUGGGUGGGGGAAGCAAGAGGCCAAGAUACAGGAAUAAGUGUGCUUGAAAACUGUGCAAAGCCCUUGCCCUUUGGCAAAAGACAGUUUGUCCAUCCCGGCCAGGAAUGCAAUUUUCAGGAAGCAAUUGCUAACUGGCUGCACAGGAUCUCCU